AAUAAUAAUAAUAAUUGUAUCAAAUUUAAUGCCAAAACAAGAUAAAUUGGCAACACUGACAGUGACUGUUACUUUUGAUAAAUUCUCUAGCGUUACUGCCCAACUAUAAAGAAUGAGGAAAAUACUAAUUAGUUCAUAAACUUAAAUGUCAAAUUUUUAUAUGGAAGUUCACAUUGUUCGCUGUGCUUUGGUUCAUAAAGUUUGUUUCUUAAUUUUCAGUCCUUUGGUCACAUUGCUUCACAUCAAAGCGAGUGUUAUUUAGAGUGUGAUAAGGAAUUAAAUUUCAUUAUUCUUUGUAAAAUUGCGUAUCAAACUAUGCUCCAAAUUAGUCUGAACGCAUAAAAGUGCCAGCCAAAAGAUGCAAAAGCAAGAGGAGAUCUCAUCUCGCCUUAAGCAGAUCUUCGACUUAUUCCUGCGAGAAAACUUUGUAAUGACCGACAAUGUUUACUUUGAAAAGCUCAUAUCACACUUGCAGGGUAAAGAGAAUGCUCUCGUUCUUCAAAAACCGUUUGUCAUCGAAUGGGUGGACAAGUGCCUCACAUUGAUCUGCGAUGAUUUUCACAAAGUCCAUCCAAGAGUUAUAUCGUUCACAUUCAAUGUGAUCAGUUUUAUGGCCUCCAAUGAAUGGAUGCUUGUUCGUCUCCGCGAAUUGGACAUCUUGCAACGGCUUAUGGCUUUCAUGCGGAGCAAUGAACACGACUUUAGUCCAUCAAUAAAACUCAGCGGCAUACGUGUCAUGAAGGCAGUUAAUAACUACAGCGUUGGUUUGGCCUUUCAUCGUUUGAAACGCGCCUGGGCUCUGCUGAUCCAAUACAGCAACAACGAACACACGCUCUAUGUGGUACGUGAGGCGCGACAGAUCCUCUAUGAGAUGUUGUACAAGUUUUGCGACAAGAUGCACGAUCAGGCUGUUACCCUGGAGAUUCUGGCCGAGAUUAUGCGGCCAAUACAGGACAACGUCUAUAUUACCGAUCAUAUCAAUGACAGCGCUGGCGGAGAAGAUCAACGCAUACACGUUAGUGUGGAUGACAACGAGUUGUUGCACAAAGUGUCAUCGACAGUGGAUCUACUGUGUUACAUUCUACAGCAGACUCUGGUAAGCGAGGAACGCACUAAAAUUGUUGGCCUUUUACGGGAUCAUCAUAAUUUGGAGUUGAACAUUUGGAAGCUGGUCGAGAUGACGCACAACACUUACUUCACGGAGAAGAUGCUAAAUACUUUGUGUAGCUAUCACUUUGCCCUGCUUGUGCACGAGAAAAUACUGAAUCCUGAAUGCGCUGAGCCGCCUGAGCAAUUUACCGAGUUUGGUUUAUCGUUUUUCAAUCUCAUGAAAUUUUGUAUUCAACGUUGUGAUGGCGUCAACUUUGUCAAAAUGGCUGAAUUGCAUCAUAUAUUAUGGAAAAAGCUUGGUAAACGUGCCCCCAAAGAAAUCAUCAUACAAGACGAGCGCGUUACAUUUGAGAAUCAAUUGAUUUGCUUUCACAUGUUACCGCUGCUCUUCUCCAUGAAGUUUGCUAUGAAAAUGGCUGAUGAAUCCAAAAGCGAACUCUUCGAUACAUAUAUCAUGAAACUGCUGGUUAUGUCCUGUGAGCAAACAUUGCGUCUAUGCUACAGUAUGCGAGAUGCAUUCAUCACGCCCGAGGGGCAUGCCAAUAUUAGUUUGUUCACACCAGAGUUAGCGCGGAAGAGUGUGCAUAGCAUUCUCUCACUGGAGCAUAUUCUGGACAGAGAGCAGGCAAUCACAGUCUGCCAGGCGUUGCUUUACGCAUUACGUGAGGUAGUGGCACUAAGCGAUGCGAGCAAGCCAAUGGAUCCAGAGGAUUGUCAUGGUGCAAGUACAUCAAAUAACUACUACGAAAUUUAUCCGAGAGGUGCUGAGGCCAUUGUCAACGAUCCCAAAGUAUUGCAUUCCGUUAUUGUCGGUUUACGAACGUUGAUUGAACGAUUCAAGAUCACGUGGAAGGAGUCGGUGGAAACCAUUGGCCUCGUCAAUUGCUUGGCCUAUGUCCUGGAGAACUGUAACAUGGAUUCAACUUGCACCGUGCAAGCACUAAAGUUAGUCCAACUCGCCGUAGAGCAUUUUCUGUCGCCUAACAUGGCACUACUCGUGGAUAAUUUACAAGGUUCCGCUUUGGUUUGCCUGGGCCCAAUUAUUGUAAAACGCAUGCACGACACGACCUGGGAGGUGCGUGACUCAGCUUUGGAAUUGGCCAUCUCUAUUGCCAGCAUAUCUCGCAUAAAAUUUCCUGCUUUUCAACGAUUCUUAAUUGAUGUCAAAAUACCACCCAUUGUUUACGAAAUGGCCAAGCAUGAUAGUGAGCCUUAUGUGCGUGCUUCCGCCUAUAAAUGCUUGUCUAAGAUGGUGCCCAUCAAUGCACUCUGGGAAAAUGGGCUAAGCCAAUUGGAUUUAGUGGAUCAUUUGCUCUUCGUUCUAUAUAGAGAAAAUGAGGAUGUGGUGCGUUCUGAGGCGAUUUUAACGCUGUCCAAGAUCUACGAUCACCGAAAGAUACCCAGUAAAUAUAAGAACACGCUUUUUUCAACACUCAACUAUUGCGUGGUUGGCGAUCAUCAUUGGGAGGUGAAAGUGAAUGCCUUAUGCUUUUGGCGCAUGGAAUUUCAACGACAACUUAAGAAUCAGGGUAUGAUUGAUGGUAUCUUUCCCAGCGUCACAUUUUCUAAGGAACAUAAAAAGAUUGUUACCCUAACGGAACGUGAGAUCAAACUUCGUGUUGCCAAAGUUCUGGCAGAGGUUCAACAAUAUGGCUACUAUGGAAUCGUGCUUAAAUGUCUUCGAGAUGAGUAUGCAAUUGAGGUGCUAAAAGUCAUUGUUACUGGCAUAAAAGCUAUGAAUCAAAAGCUAAAUGAAUAUGAUUUCGAGAUUAUAUUAAAUGAUAUUGAGACGUUAUCACCGUCAACAAGUAAUAAGGAAACCUUUACCACUUCCAAUACUUCCGAUCGGCAAAUGUCAAUUGAUCAUAAUGACGAUCUUCCUUUAAUAAAUGAGGAACAGUCAAAUGAAGUCAUAGAUUCCAUAUUAAAUGCUCAGGAUAUGCACCUUUUGGAGAAAACAUUCGAGUCACAAAUGCAAAUCAAUCAUGAAGAAACACAGAAUCGUCACAUUGAUGAAUUCUAUUACAAACAGUUUGCUGUCUCUGUUCGCGACUGGAGGGCGGAAGUUGCCAAAAUUAACUUGGAUCAAUUAGUCGUGCAACAAGAGGAGUGGUUCGACUGCAGAGAUAAUUUGGUAUGCCUUUUGGAUGACAUUCUAAAUGCUUUAAAACGUGAUGAUAAUUGUGCGGUUUCCGAUUGUUAUUGAUUAAGUGAAAGCCUAGUGAAAUUGUAAGAACAAACUGUUUCCUUCUAAAAAAAAAUAAAAAUUUUUUACCACAUAUAAAAUAACAGAAACUG